AGAGAAUUGGCUUUCCGCAGCCACCGUCCGAUCCGUAACGUCCGAUCCAAUCAGGACUCCGCGGGAAGGGGCGGGACUGAGAGGCGCGCGCGGUGCUUCUUGCUGUACGUGUAGUGGUUGCUUUUGCCAUGGAGGAUUUUUGUGCUAAGUUUGUGUCUCAGAAAAUCAGCAAAACCCGGUGGCGACCGCUACCUCCGGGGAGCCUGCAGACCGCGGAGACCUUUGCUACGGGCUCUUGGGACAAUGAGGAAAAUUAUGUUUCGCUGUGGUCUAUUGGCGAUUUUGGGAACGUUGACUCUGAUGGCGGGUUUGAAGGAGAACAUCAGUUAUUGUGUGAUAUCAAACACCAUGGUGAUGUAAUGGAUUUACAAUUUUUUGACCAGGAAAGAAUUGUCACGGCUUCAUCAACAGGAUGUGUCACAGUUUUCCUUCACCACCCUAAUAACCAGACUCUGUCAGUCAGCCAGCAGUGGACCACAGCUCACUACCACACAGGUCCGGGCAGUCCUUCCCGUAGCAACGCACCGUGCACGGGUGUUGUGUGCGACAACCCAGAAAUUGUCACGGUUGGAGAAGAUGGGCGAAUAAAUCUCUUCAGAGCUGAUCACAAGGAGGCUGUGAGAACCAUAGACAAUGCAGAUAGCAGUACGCUCCAUGCUGUGACCUUCCUUCGAACUCCUGAGAUUCUUACAGUAAAUUCAAUUGGGCAAUUAAAAAUAUGGGAUUUCAGAAAACAAGGAAAUGAGCCUUCUCAGAUACUAUCACUGACUGGUGACCGAGUGCCCCUCCACUGUGUUGAUAGACAUCCCAACCAGCAACAUGUGGUAGCUACCGGUGGCCAGGAUGGAAUGCUGAGUAUUUGGGAUGUUCGACAAGGUACUAUGCCUGUGUCUCUGCUGAAGGCUCAUGAAGCUGAAAUGUGGGAAGUUCACUUUCACCCGUCCAACCCAGAUCAUCUAUUUACUUGUUCUGAAGAUGGAUCCCUCUGGCACUGGGAUGCCUCCACAGAUGUACCUGAAAAAUCCUCACUGUUUAAUCAAGGAGUAAGAAGUAGUACUUUUUUGUCUCACAGCAUUAGUAAUCAGGCUAAUGUUCACCAGUCUCUCAUAAGCUCCUGGCUCAGCACUGAUCCUGCAAAAGACCGUAUUGAAAUCACAAGCUUGCUUCCCAGCAGGACUUUAUCUGUAAACAGUUUGGAUGUUUUAGGUCCUUGUCUUGUUUGUGGAACUGAUGCAGAAGCAAUUUAUGUGACCAGACAACUUUUUUCAUGAAAAUACUGUCGUUCUAGAUUUCAGGUAAAGUAUAUAUAUAGUUAGCCUUUUGAAUUGUAACUUCUAUGUACAUUUUUAUUUUUGGAAAAUGUGAAAUUGGCAGAGGAAGCAUCUCUCACUAUUGUUAAUGUUCAUGACCAGUGUUGGCUUUUGUCAUUUGAAUAUUCCCCGGAUAGUCGCAGAGUCUGAUAGACGACUGGUGGGAACAUGUAGAAGAAGCUUAGAGGGAUCCUUUUGCUGAUGUAGACACUGCCUUCAAACAGGCUAUUCUGGACAGCUUGUGGACCCAGUUCUUUUUGAUGUGGGACUUCAUAUUCUCAGACCGCCAUCAGGUUCCUGUCCUUUUUAUCUAUGGUGUGAGGGGUAUCUUCGCUGGUGGCAUUAGCCAGUGUUAAUAUUCAUCCUUUAGAUCGUAGAUAUCUUCUUCAGACCUUCCACCUUUUCUUUCCUUAAUAAGUUUAAUAAACUUCUUCAUAAAGGAUUGAGUAGAACAAAAAUGACAGGUUUUUUUUUUUUUGCAGUGUUCACAUUUUUUUAAGGGAAAAGGUUUUGACAGGUUACAGUAGGUUUGACAGAACUCUAUCAACUGCUUUGACCCAACUUUAUUUUUCUUGAAAAAGUACAUUUUUCCUAAGAAUUUUUAACUUUUGUUUAGUUUUACAACAUAGUUCAAAAUUGCCAAACUGGACAUUGUACAAUAAAAUAGAAUUUGACAUUUAUAAGUGAUCUGACUUCCAAACAGAAAUUUGAAGAUCACACGUAUAAGACUGUCGUGAUAAGAGGAUGAUGUGACAUGUGUAUAAUGAUGUGAUAAGAGUAAAGAAUUCGAUGUCUUUUUCCCUUAUCUACAGUGCUAACGAUGACCUAGAUGACCUAACUAGUGUUUUCUUUUGUUUGUUUUUGAAUAGAGUUGACAAAAUGUUACAUUAGUUUCAGGUUAAUGUGUAUCGCCUAAAGACAAUUUUGUAACAUUGUCUUUCCAAAGUUUGUUAGAUUAAAUGUGUUUUGAACAUUAAGACCUUAAUGACAAAUCACUGCUAUUAAGCUAUUGAAGCAUGUAUUCAUUUACUUUAUAAUUCCAGUGGUAAUAAUUAUGGUAAAGUUUUAUUUUUCUGUCCUAAUAAAUAUUUACAAUUUUUUAAUGCCACUGUACCUCAGGGUUUUUUGA